AUGCAUAGGCCUUGCGUUCAAAGAACCAGGAUAUCGGUGGCACAUAUCUUGCAGCUUCGCCGUAAGACUGACCUAUUGAACAGUUAUUUCAAACAAUCGUUCAAAGAGAACGUCAUUGAAUCAGCGACAAGGUAUGUCGUCAAUUAUUGCAAACGAUACGGUGAAACUUCUGAUAUUCCCUUGCUUAGUAAACCAGGUGAACCAUUGGAUAUCAACCACGUCAAGAAAUCAAAGUUUUUAAAAGCUAUCUGGAUACCUGGACCGGAACAUUGCGGAAUCCCAUUAUGCGCCUAA